UAAAGUUGGACGCGCUUGAAUUGACAGCCGGGAAGAUGGCGGCGUCCUUGCUGGGUUCCGUGUUUCGUAGUGCCAGGCAGCUGCUUCCUUGGCCUGCUCCAACGUUCACAAAUCAAGUGAGAAGUCACUAUGUAGACUGGCGGAUGUGGAGGGAUGUGAAGAGGAGGAAGAUGGCCUAUGAAUAUGCCGAUGAAAGACUAAGGAUCAAUGCUCUGAGGAAAAACACAAUCUUGCCUAAAGAGCUUCAGGACAUAGCAGAUAAAGAGAUUGCGGCACUGCCCAAGGAUAGUUGUCCAGUGAGAAUUCGGAAUCGCUGCGUUCUCACCUCCCGUCCCCGCGGUGUGAAGAGGCGUUGGCGUCUCAGUAGAAUAGUAUUCCGACACUUUGCAGACCACAAUAUGAUUUCUGGUGUCCAGAGGGCCAUGUGGUAACACCUAUGUCACGGAUUUUACAGCAGUUAUAUCUCCUGUGUAUUUGGACAUUCUUGUGGCAUGGUGUG